AUGGCGGCCUACUUCUUCCAUCUCAAGCUAGAGCUGUAUCCUUCGGCACGGUCAUCUGGAGCUUCGCAACCAACGACGACCAACAACAUCUUCCUUCCAGACUCGACCACCGAUAUAUUCAAAUCCGCCUUUCCCGCCCAUCGAACGUCCAAGAACAUCACCCACGACCUCCGACACAAACACUCGCCACGAACUUCGCUGGACGAUAGCGCCGCAGCCAAGAGCCGACCACCUUCAGCUCACGGCAAUGCCCUCCUUUUACCUGAGAGAAACCUCGCGUUGAAAGAGCCUGCUUCGCCCACGAUCCCACCGCACAAAGCUUCGAGCGAAGCUGCUACAAGAGACUGGCGCUACGGGCCUGUCACUGUGGAGAGCAUCGAUAUGGAAGCAAACAAGACUCCGUCGAGCGGUCUACACACCAAAGCCGUCUACGUCCCCUCGGCUCCCAAAGCCACAGAUGUAGGCUGGGGUGUCGUACACCUGUAUAGAGACUCCCAAGAGACGGCAGCUUUGGAACACAGCCUGGCGAAGGAGGACGUCGACUUCGACCCUCAACAAUGCAACACUCUGUGCAUACUCGCCGUACCGUCAUGGAUGAUGCCCUCAGAUCUGCUGGGCUUUGUCGGAGACCAAGCAAGAGAAGACGUUAGUCACUUCAGACUCAUUAGAACUGGUCGUGCCAACAAGUACAUGGUCCUCAUGAAGUUCCGUCAAGCAAAGAAGGCCAGAGAGUGGCAGAAGCUGUGGAAUGGCAAGCUCUUCAGUGCUAUGGAGCCUGAAAAUUGUCAUGUUGUCUUUAUCAAGUCGGUCGAGUUCUUGACGCCAGACUCUGAUAUCUCUGACCCCUCUGCCUUCCCUCAAAACACCCAGGAUCCCUUUACAAAGACAUCUACUACGCUCUCGGCCAAGCCACAUGCCCCACCGACUCCUUCUCUAGUCGAGCUUCCCACAUGUCCAGUGUGUCUCGAGCGUAUGGACGAGACCACCGGUCUCUUGACCAUCCUAUGUCAACAUGUCUUCCACUGUGCUUGCCUCGAAAAGUGGCGUGGAUCUGGUUGCCCUGUGUGCCGUUACACUCAGUCGCCUUCCUUCACCUUUCCAUAUCCGCGGCCAGGCCACAGUGGAGUUGAGGCUGACGUUGAGCCAGCCUGUACUGUUUGCGCGGCUACUACAAAUCUCUGGAUAUGCCUGAUAUGCGGCAACACAGGUUGUGGGCGCUAUGAUUCGGCCCAUGCUUUUGCACACUGGGAAUCCACAAGUCACUGCUAUGCUAUGGACAUCAAUUCUCAGCACGUUUGGGAUUACGCUGGAGAUGGAUACGUCCAUCGCUUGAUACAGAACAAGCCCGACAGUAAGCUGAUCGAUCUGCCUGCUCGACGUCACCCCAAUGCCGCUUUUCGCGCAGAAGCGGAAGACAGCGUGCCACGAGAAAAGAUGGAGAAUAUGGCCAAUGAGUACACAUACCUUUUGACCAGUCAAUUAGACAGUCAGCGUCGCUACUACGAGGAUCAACUGGAGCGUGCUGUGGAUAAAGCUAGCACUGCUUCAGCUAGAGCUGAAAAGGCCUCAAGAGCGGCCACAACACUUGCCAACGAAAUGGCCGCUUUACGUGUCGAGAACAAAGAGCACGCCGCCGCUAUGGCCCGUAUAGAGAAGAGCAUCGAGAAAGCCGCCAACCGCGCUGAUAAAUUCGAGAAGAUGGCUCGCGACAUGUCUUCACAACUACGCGAAGAAAAAAACGAUGAACGAAGGCUUACUUCAACGCAUCCACGCCGCCGAAGCAAAGGCUAA